UUUUAUCAUUUUUUUGUUUUUGCUGUUUUAUUAAAGCAAAUAUUUAAUAACAAAUUUAAGUUGAACAUAAAUAAAUAUUAUGAUUUUUUCAUGAUGAUGAUAAGAUAAAUUUGUCUACUUUUUAUUCACUGAUGAUGUAUUUUUAUGUAUGAAGGAUAAUUGUUAAAAGUAAUAUAAAAAUGUCAUCACGAGCAUCAACAGUACUUCUUCGUCUUAAACAAAUGGACAAAAAAUAUAAAUCAAAUGUUGAAAAAAUUAAUGAUAAAUUUAGUGAUUUAUCAGCAUUAUCAAGUGAAGAAGUAACUGAAAAAUCACAAAUAAUAUUAAAACCAAGAUUAAGUAUUAAAUUGCCAGAUACAUUUGUUGAAAAUGUUGAUAGUUUUUCAUCAAAUUCAGAGAAUAGUAUUAAAUCAGUUAAAGUUGUUGUUGAUAAUGAUAAAUCAUCAACAGUAUCAUCAAUUAGUCAUGUGAUAUCAAAUAAAAAUACAAGUAAAGAUGAAGAAACAGUUGUUGAACUUUCAGAUAAUAAAAUCACGAUAAAUAAUGAUACAACUAUUAAAGAAAUUAAUACUGAAGAUGAUGUGGUAGAUGAAGAGUCAAUUGAUGAAGACAUUGAAGAAGUCAUUGAAUCAAAUACCUCAAAAAGUCAGAGAAAUAUUGAUGAAGAAAAAACAUUUGUUUCAGUUGAUGAAACAUUUGAAGAUGAAGAUGAUGGUUCUCAAGAAUAUUCUGAUGAUUCGUUUGACAGUGUAACAUCAGUAAAUAAAACAAAAUACUCUGAAUCAACAAAAGAUGUUACAAAUAAAAAUUUACAGAUUGAAAAUAAAGCAAAUAGUUUAGUUACUUGUAGUGAUUCAAUUGAUUCUCGUGUUUAUUUUGAAGAAGUAAAUAGUAAAACUGAACUUGAUGAGAGUCAUUCAAUAGGACAUGAUUUUCAAGAAGAUAAUAAUAAAAAUCAAAUUAAAUUUGAUGACAGUUAUUCAAUAAAAACACAUGCUGAAAAUAAAAAUGAAAAUUCAAUAAAUAAUGAAAAACAAUUUAUAGAAAAUAAAAAAUUAAUUAAAUCACCGAGCAAAGAAAAUUCUAAUGAAAUAAAAAAUUUAGAUAAAAGUUGUGUUGAAGAAAAAAAUAUAAAAAUUGAUAAUUCAAGCUCAAAAAUAUCAUCAAUAAGUUUUGAAAAAAUUUCUGAAACAUCAAUAACAGAUUCAACAAAAUCAUCAUCAAAAUCAUUGAUAAAAAGUGAUAAAAAAAAAUUAAUAAAAUUAGAUGAAGAUAAAAAAAAAGAAAUCAAAAGUAAAAAUAUUUCACAAUUGACCUGUGAUAGUAAAAAAAAAAGUUUAAAAUUACAAAAAUUAUCAAAACAAAGUAGAGAAGAAGAUGAAUAUAAAAAAAAUAAAAAUAAAGAAAAACGUAGUUUAUCAAUAAUACGACAUUUAAAACAAAUUGAAGAAGAACGAUUGAGAUUGUUAGUUUGGCCAACUAAUUUUGUAUGUUCAAAUAAUUCUAAAACUGAAAUAUUAAAACCACUUGAUCCUCCAAAAAUACCAGACUUCAUUAAACCAGUAACAAAUUCAACACACAAAAAUGAAGAUAUUAAUAUUAAAAUUCUUAAAUCACGAAUUUUUGAUAUUCAACAAUGGACCAAAGAUCAAUAUUCAAUUUACAAAGAUCAAUGUGAUCUAGCUGCUGCAAUAAAUUCAACUUACAAACCCCCAAAUUUACAGGAAGCAGAAAAAGCGAUUCAACAACUCAAGUGUAAAACGAGACUCUACAAUAAACAACAAUAAAACAAAUAAAGCUACAUGCUGUUAAUAAUGAGGCUGUUUAAUUAACAACAAUAACCAA